UUGUAAUACUUGAUCCUCUUCAAUCAUGUAGUGUAUCAUCUUGUGGUUCAGAGAGAUAAAGAAAAAAUGGGCAUGUUUGUAAGAAGAGUAUCCCAAGUUUUGGGAUUAACCAACAACACCAAGAUCAGGAACAUCUCAUUCCAAUCCCUAGAUCCACCAUUACCAUUACCAUCACCUUCACUCUGCCAUGGAAUCCAUGUUUUUCAUUGCCCUGAUACUGUUGGAAUUGUUGCAAAGUUAUCUGAUUGUAUUGCUUCUAGAGGUGGAAACAUUUUAGCUGCGGAUGUUUUUGUUCCUCAGAAUAAACAUGUCUUUUACUCUAGAAGUGAUUUUGUUUUUGAUCCUCUUAAAUGGCCACGGAUGCAGAUGGAGGAAGAUUUCCUAAAGCUUUCACAGGCAUUCAAUGCAACGAGAUCUGUCGUGAGAGUACCGGCUCUAGAUGCUAAAUAUAAAAUAGCCGUUCUUGCAUCAAAGCAGGACCACUGCUUGGUUGAUUUAUUACAUGGAUGGCAGGACGGAAGACUUCCGGUGGAUAUCACUUGUGUAAUUAGUAACCAUCAUAGAGAUUCAAACACACACGUGAUUCGUUUUCUUGAAAGGCACGGUAUUCCAUAUCAUUGUUUGAACAUGACCAAAGAAAAUAAAAGAGAAAACGAGAUAUUAGAGCUUGUUCAGAACACUGAUUUUUUAGUACUUGCAAGAUAUAUGCAGAUACUAUCAGGAAACUUCCUUAGGAGCUACGGUAACGACGUAAUUAACAUUCACCAUGGUUUGUUGCCAUCAUUCAAGGGUGGUCAUCCAUCUAAACAGGCCUUUGAGGCUGGUGUGAAAUUAAUCGGUGCAACAAGUCACUUUGUGACCGAAGAACUUGAUGCCGGCCCUAUAAUUGAACAAAUGGUUGAGAGAGUUUCACACAGAGAUAACUUGCAGAGCUUUGUGCAGAAAUCAGAAAAUCUCGAGAAACAAUGUCUUUCUAAGGCUAUAAGAUCUUAUUGUGAACUCAGAGUAUUACCUUAUGAAGGCAAGAAAACUGUUGUAUUUUGAGGAAAAACAACAAAUAGCUAAACAUAAUGCACACCAAAAUUUUGGGGUGUAUCUGUAUUUACAUUCAAUCAUUUACUUAUAAAAUUCAAAUAAUGUUCCAUUUUACUUUAACUGCAAAAGAUGAGGAUAAAUAGGACUCAAUUUGAUUCAUUUGGUUCUUGUCACAUUGAUAAUGUAAUGAAUUGAAUCAGAAGCUCCAAUACAUUGUUCUCUGAAAAUGGAUUCCUUGCAGUCAGUUUUGUAAAGCAAUCACACUGUCGUGAUGUUCGUGGUCAUCCAAUCUUGAUCGGACCGUCUAUAAAAGAUACAUUCAAAUUUCAUUUAAUAAUUUAAUGUAUACAUUCCUAUAAUCGCAACCAUUUUGAUUAGACAGUUAUCAAUUCAUGAAAAAUCUUUACAUUAAGCAUUUUUUAACGAUAUAUUUGAAACUUCUCUUAAUCAAAAUUCACGUCGCAAUGUGCAUUGCAAUCCUCACAACCGC